CCACAGCGCGGGCAUCAUUCGAUUGUCGAAAAUCGUGGCGUCAAGAUGUAUCGAUCGACACUUGAGAUCAUUAACUGCGUAAUACAUUUCCAAUGCUAUUCUUCUACGUUUAUAUGCUACUAUUAGAUUAUUGGUUAAUAGCAAGAUCGACAUGAAAGAAUCAGGAAUUCAAAAUAUAGAGGCUUUGAUAAUUAACGUUUAAUUUGGCGGAAGCAGUCUUCUCGUGUUCAUAUUGCUCUCGGGAUUACUGGUUUUUUACAACCUCCGCUUUUUCCCGUUCUCUGGAGAGGAUCUAAUCUGCAAUUAAAUGAGUGCUUCAAAAGCCAAGAAUAUUUCUCACAAUCUCUACUUCCACCAUGGGACGGUUUUUACUUGAUAACCGCUUUUCAGAUGACUUCUCGCAUAUCGCACCAUCGAUAACAACGACCUUCGCGUCUAAUCGUGAAUCAAACUCUAGUACAGAGUACUAUGAUGCAAUUGAAUUUCAAGAAGAGCGUAGCCCAAUAAAAAAAUUCGGAAAAAGGCGGAGUAUAUCGUUACCGAACAUAAAUUUACAAGAGGAAGAAACGCUGGAAAUUUCACCUAGAAUCGAUACGAAAUCCAUAAGACCGGUUGCCGAUUUAAAGAAAUUAUACACGUAUUCUACAAUUAAAUCAAAUAUAAAACGGUCAGCGUCACCAGUAAAGAAAACAAGAAGACAAAUAAAGCCAUUUAUAACCGUAACACCUGCAACGCCAUAGUAUAUGUUGAAUUAAAAAGUUAAGUUAUUAAUUUAAACAAAAUUUUAAAUUUUAUUUAUAUCUAUUUUAUGACAACUACAUAUAUAUAUAUAUAUAUAUAUGUUCAAACAGUUGAACACUACUCAUUAUUAGCUCUGAAUACGAAUGUUUCCUUUUUUUUUUUCAAAACAUUAUAGUACCAAUCACAAAAUGUAUGAAAGAUAAAAGCUGAUUAAUUCUUAAUUUUUCCAGAUAUGAAACAUGCAUUGCAUUUUUCAGUAUUAGUGUAUUGUAAUAGCUAGUUUUAAUAGAAAAUUGUGCUUCCCGUUUUAUAAUAUGAUACGUCAAAUAUGGAAUUUAUUCCGUAUAUUGCAGAUAACUCAAGUUUCGUUAAUUCUUACGUAUAGUGCACACUGAAUAUGUACUUAACAUAUUUUUUAUAUUUUUCAGAUGUAUAACUUAAAGAGUAAAAAUCUAUAAAAUCCUGGUUACAUCGUGGUUUUCUUUAUAAACUAGAGUAAUAAAAUUCAAGCAGACUUUAAAAAGUCUAGGAUCCUAAUAGGUGAUAAAAGACAUAUUGAUAGGUAUAGGUUAUAUAUUCUAUCAAUUUUAUAAUACAAGUAUAUUCAAAUACUGUUUACAAGUACAUAUUGAGCUAUUGUAGAUACUGGUAAAAAAAUGGAUUUUUAAAAUUAUUUUUAUGGCUACACUCCAUGAACUAUAAAUAGCACAUUAUUAAGAAAGGACUUAUUUAAAAUAGUAAGAAGGGAUUAUUUAAAAAAUAUUUUAUUGUUGAACCGUGGUUAAAAUAAAAUAACAGGAUGAUAAAGGAACAAUAAAUAGGUGAUUAAUCGAAUAAUUGUAUCAGAAUAUCUUUUUCUAAUUUUAUAAGAAUGUUUAAAAAUACUUGAAUUUAAUCAAAUGUUUAAGUAUUCUCUCUCGUAUUCAUAUGUAUAUAUAAUAUUGUUUUAUUUUAAACUAUAACAUUUUUCAAUUCGCGUAAUGUUCAGAAAAGUUUAUUACAAAUUUUUUA